AUGUCCUUUAAGUGUCAGCAGUGUGGAAGGUGUUUCAGCGAAGCAGGAAGCCUAAGGACUCAUGAAAGAGUUCACACUGGGGAAAAGCCUUAUGAAUGUAAACAGUGUGGAAAGUGUUUUAGCGUACCAGGAAAGCUAAGGACUCAUGAAAGAGUUCACACUAGGAAAAAGCCUUAUGAAUGUAAACAGUGUGGCAAGUGUUUUAACCGAGCAGGAAACCUAAGGAAUCAUGAAAGAGUUCACACUGGGGAAAAGCCAUAUGAAUGUAAGCAGUGUGGUAAGUGUUUUAGUGUAGCAGGACACCUAAGAACUCAUGAAAGAGUUCACACUGGGGAAAAGCCUUAUGAAUGUAAACAGUGUGGAAAGUGUUUUAGUGUAACAGUUGCUCUAAGGAAUCAUGAAAGAGUUCACACUGGGGAAAAGCCAUAUGAAUGUAAACAGUGUGGCAAGUGUUUUAGUCAGGUAGGAAACCUAAAGUGUCAUGAAAGAGUUCACACUGGGGAGAAGCCUUACGAAUGUAAGCAGUGUGGCAAGUGUUUUAGUGUAGCAGGACACCUAAGGGCGCAUGAAAGAGUUCACACUGGGGAAAAGCCUUACGAAUGUAAACAGUGUGGCAAGUGUUUUACUGAGGCAGGAGGCCUAAGGAGACAUAAAAGAGUUCACACUGGGGAAAAGCCUUUUGAAUGUAAACAGUGUGGCAAGUGUUUUAGUGAAGCAGGACACCUAAGGACUCAUGAAAGAGUUCACACUGGGGAAAAGCCUUAUGAAUGUAAACAGUGUGGAAAGUGUUUUAGCGUAGCAGUUGCCCUAAGGAAUCAUGAAAGAGUUCACACUGGGGAAAAGCCUUAUGAAUGUAAACAGUGUGGCAAGUGUUUUAGUCAGGUAGGACAACUAAAGCGUCAUGAAAGAGUUCACACUGGGGAAAAGCCUUACGAAUGUAAGCAGUGUGGCAAGUGUUUCAGUGUAGCAGGACACCUAAGGGCUCAUGAAAGAGUUCACACGGGGGAAAAGCCUUACGAAUGUAAACAGUGUGGCAAGUGUUUUAGUGAAGCAGGGGGCCUAAGGAGACAUAAAAGAGUUCACACUGGGGAAAAGCCUUAUGAAUGUAAACAGUGUGGCAAGUGUUUUUGUGAAGCAAGAAGCCUAAGGACUCAUGAAAGAGUUCACACUGGGGAAAAACCUUACGAAUGUAAGCAGUGUGGCAAGUGUUUUAGUGAAGCAGGAAGGCUAAGGAGACAUGAAAUAGUUCACACUGGGGAAAAGCGUUUUGAAUGUAAACAGUGUGGCAAGUGUUUUAGCAAAGCAGGAAGCCUAAGGAUACAUGAAAGAGUUCACACUGGGGAAAAGCCUUAUGAAUGUAAACAGUGUGGCAAGUGUUUUAGCCGAUCAGGAAGCCUAAGGAUUCACGAAAGAGUUCACACUGGUGAAAAGCCUUACGAAUGUAAACAGUGUGGCAAGUGUUUUAACCAAGCAGGAAACCUGAGGAGUCAUGAAAGAUUCCACACUCAGGCAAGGUCACUUAAAUUUUCCCAGAAAAACAAACGUCUUUCCAAACGAUUGGAAUCCUGUAAACGGAAGAGAGCAGGAAGUGAAAACAUUGAUGUCAGGGCCACAGGCUUUACAGAGAACCAGCAGACACAGAGAGAAACCGGAAACACUGGUGUAACAGAUGCACGAUCGGUCAUUAUUGAGAAACACAGCUGUUGGAUUUGUCAAGAGGAGAUGAGUAGUGAGGCUCUUCUUCUUCAACAUUAUGAAAAUCAUAUGAUCCAAGUUUGUGACGAUUAUUCUUGA